UAACUAAAGAGUUUACACGAGUAUCCAUUACUACCCUGAAACAUGAAAUACGUCAACUGAAAUCCAAUUAAGAAUUUAAGUUACGAUUGCUUUUCCAAAAGUCCAGAAAUAAACACCCCUACAUUUGUAUGGUUCCUCCCAUCAUGAAUCCCGGGUGUCAGUGGCGCAAAAUGUUACGUUUUGUCACGGCGGGUAUUUUAGAUUGCCACACUCCCGCGAAUUAUUAAAAUUAACUUAUCUUAGUUCGCAACUUAGGAAUUGUCUCCUUAUUACUGAUCGGAUAUUUACUUGUCGACAUCCAAAAUAACGGGGACUCAUGGCAAUGCAAAUUAGUUAACUAGCCUCAGCAUUGUCCAGGGUUUGGUGUGGGACAAGGGUUGCCAGAAAGCUAAAUAUCUCUAGGGUUGCCUGUCCUUCUAGCACUUAAGCGAAUCAUUUUGAAUUUCAAAAUGUGUCCCGAACUAGACGAUCUUUUAUGUUAAAAUAUGGAUUGGGAACAAUUGGAGCUCAACCCACGGAUUAUUGCAGCCGUAAAGAAAGCUAACCUGAGAUCAGCGAGGGAUAUUCUAAGUCUCUCGGGUCCGGAUAUACAACGUCUUACCCACCUGUCAAAGUCAGACGUGCAACAUCUGCACAAAGCUGUGGCUGUCUCAUACCGCAGGCUUUCACCUGUUACAGCCCUUCAAGUGCACCGUGGAGAGUGUCCCUCUUUGGAUCCUGGGCACAAGUUGAGUUUGGCUUGUCCUGUCCUGGAUUCUCUACUGCGAGGUGGUGUACCAUUGGCCGGUAUCACAGAACUGGCUGGGGAGAGCAGUGCUGGAAAGACCCAGCUUGGCUUGCAGCUGUGUCUCUCUGUGCAGUACCCACUGGAAUAUGGAGGACUGAAUUCAGGAGCUGUAUAUAUUUGCACAGAAGACUCCUUCCCCAUCAAGCGUCUGCGGCAGCUCAUUUCCCAGCAGCCUCGGCUGCGGUCAGAGCUUCCCCCGGCCCUGAUACGGCGCAUCCGUUUCAGCGACAACGUCUACAUAGAGCACGCUGCCGAUCUAGGUGCUCUGCAGGCCUGCAUCUCCCAGCGGGUGCCCAUCCUGCUUUCUCGGGGCCUGGUCCGGCUCGUGGUGUUGGACUCUGUGACGGCUCUGUUCCGCAGCGAGUUCCAGGCGGAUGAGGGCAUGGAGAGAGCCCGCCAAAUGUCGGCAUUGGCUGCCACUCUGCAUCGCCUGAGUCACAACUACAGUGCUCCAGUGCUGUGUAUCAACCAGGUGACAGAUGUAAUGGAUGGCCCUGAUCCAGCAAACUGUAACUUUGGGCUGGUGGACAAUAAGGUGCGGCCCGCACUAGGCAUGGCUUGGGCCAACCAGGUGAUGGUAAGACUGAUGCUGCUCCGCCUCCCAGGCUAUAUGGGACCCAGGAGUCAAGGCAGCAGCAGCAGCAGCGCCCCCCGCAGGUUGGAGGUGGUGUUCGCCCCCCACCUCCCCAGAGCCAGCUGCUUGUGUGGUGUGUGGGAGGAAGGAGUGAGAGGGCUUACAAGCACAGAACCCGGUGACCAAGAGAUUAAAGUCUUGGUACCGUAAAUGUUCUGAUUAUUGUACCCAAAUCGGUCAAACUUCCAUAGUAGCAGGAUGCAUCCAGACCGGAGGAAAGUGGACACUUCUGGAUGGCAGGACUUGUCUUAUCUUGUGCCUCAACGUAGUAAAUUGUUUAAAAUCUAAGCCACCUGGAUAUGCUGCAGUCAAAUAAACUUCAGUGAUUGAAUUCCAGCUAAAAUGAUGGUUUUCCAUUUUACAGGACGUUCUAUCCAAGGAUGUCGUGUUGAACAUUCUUUUGUGGAUGUGAUGAUUGCCCUUUGUGAUGAAUAAAGUAAUGCCUGUUAUA